CCCCCGCUACUGUUGUUCCAUCUCCCCAAUCUCUAGAACUCAUUUUUCAAAAAAUUAUUUACUCAGAGAAAUAUAUGACACCAAAAAAUGGUGGCGCUAAACUCAGCGAUUUCAGUUCACUGCUACAACAACAACAGUAAUGGCGCCUUUUCAUUUCCUCCUGUUACUGCAUGUCUCCGUCUUUCUUCAUUUUCUUCAAUUUCUUCUUCCACCCGUUCUUCUUCAAUAUCUCAAUCAUCGGCAAACAUCUCCUUGCAUCUUCGCGCAAAGAUAAUAAACCCUAAAUCUAAGGGAUUUGGAGUAAAAUGUUUGUCUGAGCCGUUGAAGGUGAUGAUAUCUGGAGCACCAGCAUCAGGGAAAGGAACUCAGUGUGAAUUGAUCGUUCAGAAGUAUGGAUUGGUGCACAUAUCAACUGGAGAUUUACUUAGAGCUGAAGUAUCAUCCGGGACUGAAAUUGGAAAUAAAGCUAAAGAAUACAUGGACAAUGGAUGUUUGGUUCCUGAUGAAAUCGUCACAGCGAUGGUGACAUCAAGAUUAUCCAGAGAAGAUGCAAAGACGAGAGGAUGGCUUCUUGAUGGAUACCCACGAAGUGCUGAGCAAGCUCAAAGUCUUGAAAAGCUCUUGAUUAGACCAGACAUAUACGUCGUCUUAGAUGUUCCUGAUGAAAUUCUAAUCGACAGAUGCGUUGGGAGACGGUUGGAUCCAGUGACUGGGAAAAUUUACCACAUAAAAAACUUCCCUCCGGAAACAGAUGAAAUUAAGGCCAGGAUUAUCACUCGUGCCGAUGACACUCAUGAAAAGGUUAAAGCACGCGUAGAAACAUACAAGCGAAAUGCUGAAUCUAUCACUUCAACAUACUCGGACAUACUGAAUAAGAUUGAUGGAAAUCGUCAGAAAGGAGUAGUUUUUCAGGAAAUAGACUCUUUGCUUUCACAAGUCAAGAAGGACAAGUUAAAGAUGAUAGCCGCAGGAAAAGCAGUAAGCGACGUUCAGAUAAAGGCGUCGUCCACAAAACAGGAUAACUGGAGAGGUAUUCCUACCCGGUUAAAUAAUAUCCCUCAUUCUAGAGAAAUAAGGGAAUAUUUCUAUGAUGAUGUUCUGCAAGCUACUCAAAGGGCUAUAGUUGAUGGAAAAACUCGUUUGAAGGUGGCGAUCACUAUUCCAGAACUAAACCCCGAAAUGGAUGUCUAUCGAAUUGGUACUUUAAUGGAACUCGUUCGAGUUCUUGCUCUUUCAUUUGCUGAUGAUGGGAAGCGUGUGAAGGUCUGUGUUCAAGGAUCUAUGGGAGUAGGUGCGCUUGCUGGGAUGCCACUGCAGCUAGCCGGAACACGUCAGAUUUUGGAGUACAUGGAUUGGGGGGAGGAUGGUGCCCUGGGGAAUUUCAUCACAAUCGGUUCGAUAGGUGGCAAAGAGGUUACUGAGCAGGAUGACAUAUUUAUUCUUGUGGCUCCCCAAAAUGCUGUCGGAAAUUGUAUAAUUGAUGAUUUGAGGGCUAUGACUGAUGCUGCCGGGAGCCGUCCUGUCAUUAUUGUCAACCCUCGGCUCAAGGAUUUACCAGCUUCAAGUGGCAUUAUGCAAACAAUGGGAAGGGAUAAAAGACUGGAGUAUGCAGCGUCUUUUGAAAAUUGCUAUGCCUUUCGGCUCCUUUUUUAUGCCGGGACACAGUAUCCAAUCAUGGGUGCUCUGAGGAUGGCUUACCCAUACCGCUACGAAGUCUACAAGAGGGUGGAUGAAUCCCCUGGUAAAGAGAAGUACUUUAUCCUGGCGACAUUCUUGAAUAAACCAGGGGUUGAUGAAAUUAAUGAUGCAUUUGAAGGAAAGCCUAGAAACCGAGAAAAGGAAUCCACAGGAAUUUGGGGUUUCUUGAGCAGCGUCCUUGGAGUGUAAUCGAAACUGUACACACGAUUCCAGGCCUAGCGUGGAGGAGGCUUGAUAAACCUGCAUUCUUAACAAGUUGGAAUGUGAAAGACACAUCCAGUGAAAUUUUCCGUUUUUUUUCUUCCGUAUAAGAAAGAAAAUCUCAGCUCUCCUCUUAGGCGUUGCACAUAAAUCAUUUUUGCUUUCUGUCUCAUAUAUGUUUGAUAACUUACAUCAUAGAUAAUUAUCCUGAUAAACACUCAAUUCUAAGGGCUGUGGCACUCAGUGCAGAGCAGGAUCUGUGAGAUAUUUUGUUCAAGUUUACCUCACAUUUUGUUUAAGUUAUUUUCCCUCACCCUGUGGCACUAGUGGUGGAAAUUCCCCACUGCUUCCUCUCCCAUAGAAGUGUAGGCGGUGUCUCA